AUGUCUUUGCCGCUUGCAAUCGUCGUUACAGAAUCAAUGAUUUUGUUUGAUCAACAAUUAGAAGAAUGGGUCAAGAAAAGUGCAAAAAACCAUGAAUUCGUUCAAAUCGAAAAAAGUAUCCCAGCUUCUGCAUACUUUCUAUUAGGCUCAUUUUGCUCGGAUGGCGAUAUUCAUAUUGCUCACGCUUCAAAAUGUCCAGUUCACUCAAGUGCUCUCGAAGCAAAUGCGAAUGAUAAAACAAAAUUAUUGGAUGAUCAAUGGAUGACUGACAAUGCUGAAAGAGUUUUGAGAAUGCUGCCUGGUGGAGUUAAUGUUGUGGGAAUCGCGUGGUUUUCAACGAAAGAAACUUUUAAUCAAAGAAAAUCGGUUAUUCAAAAAACUUUGACGAGAAUUCAGAAAAUCAAUAAUUCUUUGACAACUGCUGGAAUGGAUUCAACUAUUAGUGAUCACAUGGUAAGCAAAAAUAAUGAAUAAAGAUGAUUUUUCAAUAAAAAUUUUAUUUUUAGGUUUGCGCAUUCUUCGAGACUGGAAAAACCACCCCAACCGGUACAAUUUUCGACGUUUCUGGUCGCGGAACCGAUUCAACAGCCAAAGUGGCAUUCCAGAAACUUGAAUGGAUUUCUCUGGUUUCAAACGCUUCCGCUCGAAUUGUUUUGAAUGUUCCAAUUGUCGCUGGCAAACAACCCGAUUUCUAUAAUGAUUUUGUUGCCGCCACCAAGAAUUUCACCACCAACUUUUUCCAUACUGAUUUGAUGUUGUUAGAUGGACAAAUUCGCGAAGAUACUGAACCACUUAUUAAGGAUUUGAAAAAUAAUAAGAAGACAACUGUUGAAGCACAAUUAUUCUUGGAUCCACUUUGUAAGAAGUUUCUAGAUGUUUUCUAAAUUAGUUUUAAUAUUGUUGUUUUUCAGAUAAUCGAGAAAGUGGAGCAUCUGAUCAUAUAACUUCGAAUAUGCACGAAUUGAUGUUUGAUAUUGAAAUUCGAGCGGCUGUUCCUUUAAGAAGCACCGUAAAAGACGCUAAAAGAGCGCUAAAACAUCAUUUGAUUCGAAACCUAUUCUCAAGAGCUGAACUUCACUACGAGUCAAUGGAAAUUGUCGAGGACUCAAAAGCAAUCGUUGAUUCUUGCCAGGUUCAUCAACUUCCCCGUCCAGCAACAACUGUUCUCCAUUCGCACCCCGCAAUUCUUCUAAAUGAGUUUUUAUUCGAAGCUGAUAAUGUUGAAGAUGCGCAGAAGAAUUUUGAUGAUAUGAUGGAUCUUCAGACAAGCAUUGGUACAAAAAAUUCAUUUUUUUCAAAAAUUAAUCAAUAUUCUUUUUAGAACACGUGGAUGAAGGAUGGGAGCGAGCAUUAACACCGGAAGAAAUGGAUAGUGUUCGAACUCCCAUCGAAGAUCUCUGUUUUGGUGGACUUCCCCCGCCAAGUGACUCGUGCUGUUCGACGAAAACUCUUCUAGUCACAAUCGGGAUUAUUGUUGCCAUAAUUGCUACGAUUAUUUAUUUGACAGUUGCACAUGGUUAA